CUCUGACCCCCUGGGCACUUUUGGAGUCCUGACGCCCUGUCCUGAGAGUCCUGGCCUAAUCUGGAGUCUGUGACCUGACAAAGCAGACAUGACAACUGGGGUGGGGUGGCGGGAGGUGCCCAUUCCCGCUCCCCUAGGACAGUCCCCAUCCCCUGUAGGCAUGGCAGUGACAGGCCCUUAGGGCCCUGGACAGUCCAGGCUCCCACCCAGCCCUGGGCAGCCUCUUCUAGGCCCUGAGCUGCAGGAGCCUCCCCCCAGACUCUCCCACAAUCUCCAGCUGCCGGAGGACACAGACAGGGGACCACAGGCACAUCCCAGCCCCCAUCUGCACCCUGGAGCCAGCUUGGGAGUGGGAGGCCGGGGCCUGGGUCUUGGGAUUGCAGUCCGUGGCAGACCCUGCACAACCACUGCCCCUGGCACACUCAGGUCUGGCCACCCCUCAGGGGAACUGGGGGAGGAAGGCAGUGUUAAUAACUCAGUCAAGUAAACAACCCCUACCAGCUUGCCCAGCCACAGAACUGGCCUCUGGGGGGAGGUGACGGGCCAGAGGGGAUCCGCUCCAACCUGACCCAGGUCCUGCCCAGGGCGGCCCCUUAAGACCUCCUCUUCUCCCGGACCCUGCUCUUUCCCUUAGCUGGUGAGAGGACGCCCAGCUCCCCUCAGGUCUCCUGGAAGGAAGGCUCCCUCCCUCUGGGCUCUCCUGGCUCCCCUCUCCAGGGAUGGCGCUGUGACCCGGGACCCAACUGGGCACCAGAGGACUCCUCCCUGCCAUGGGAUGGGGGUGCUGGAGGAGGAAACCGGCGGAGCAGCUUCCCCACUCUCAGUUGCGCGUCUGGCGAUGGCGAUCAGAGGUCCUGCUGCGCUCUCUCUCCAUUAGCAGCGCUGAGACGCUUUGCGCCCUCGCUGGUGCCUCUCUCCUGGGUCCCGGGAUCGGCGCCUCCUUCCAGGCACGACCCCCUCCCCCUGCCCCUCGGCCUUUCCCCCACUCGACUGUCUCCGACCCGGGGCGCGUGUUCCCCCCGGCCCGGCUCCCACUCUCCCUCCGGGGACACCGCUCCCUAGCCCCAGCCGGGCCCUCCCCGCGGCGCAGCACGGAGUCUCCGCGUCCCAUGGCGCAACCCACGGCCUUGGCCCAGAAGCUGGUGCGGCCGAUCCGCGCCGUGUGCCGCAUCCUGCAGAUCCCGGAAUCUGACCCCUCCAACCUGCGGCCCUAGAGCGCCCCCGCCGCCCCGGGGGAGAGAGAGCGCCAGCGCGCUGAGCACGGAGCGCCGGGGAACCAGGCCUCGCCCGCCGGCCGGGAGGCCCCGGAGUCGGCCCAUGGGGAGCGGGCGCCCGGUGCCGGCCCCGACGCCCGCCGCCGCCGGAGCCGCACCUGCCUUGUGAAGCCCAGGGACCCCCUCUGGGAGAGCCCCAUGAGGGCAGAAGAGUGAUGGAGAGUACGCCCAGCUUCCUGAAGGACAGCCCAGCCUGGGAGAAGACAGCCCCUGAGAACGGCAUCGUGGGACGGGAGCCGAAUGCCCUGCCACCAGAGGGCCUGCGCCAUGGGGCAUUGUGCCUGGGAGAGUCCGCUCCUUUCUGGAGGGGUGUCCUGAGCACCCCAGACUCCUGGCUUCCUCCUGGCUUCCCCCAGGGCCCCAAGGACACACUCCCAACAGUGGAGGGUGAAGGCCCCCGGAAUGGGGAGAGCAAGGCCAGCUGGCUGAGCAGCAAGGAGGGGCUGCGCUGGAAAGAGGCAAUGCUCACCCACCCAUUGGCAUUCUGUGGGUCAGCAUGCCAGCCUCGUUAUGGCUCCCUGAUUCCUGAGCAUAGCAGUGACCAUGCCAAAAGUGACCCUGUGGCCUUCCGGCCCUUGCACUGCCCCUUCCUUCUGGAGACCAAGAUCUUGGAACGAGCUCCCUUCUGGGUGCCCACCUACUUGCCACCCUACCUAGUGUCCAGCCUGCCCCCAGAGCGUCCAUAUGACUGGCCCCUGGCCCCACAUCCCUGGAUGUACUCAGGGGGCCAGCCCAAAGUGCCCUCUGCUUUCGGCUUAGGAAGCAAGGGUUUUUACCAUAAGGAUCCGAGUAUUCUCAGGCUGGCGAAGGAGCCAUUGGCAACUGUGGAACCAGGGUUGCUGGGCUUAGCCCCUGGUGGGCCUCUCCAAAGAAGUGGGGAGGCAGAGUGCCCCCCACUCCACCAGCGGGAUGGAGAGACAGGCCCUGGCCGGCAUCAGAAUCUUUGCCCCCUUCUCCUGGGACAUCCAGACACCGUUCCCCGGGCCCCCUGGCCUACUUGCCCCCCAGGCCUGGUUCAUACUCUUGGCAAUGUCUGGACUGUACCGGGGAGUGGGGGCCUUGGGUACCAGCUGGGGCCAUCAGCCACACCAAGGUGCCCCUCUCCCGGGCCUCUUACUACCCAGAGGGCCUGUUGCUCAUCCCACCCACCUGCUGGAGAUGGAGGCUUUGGCCCCUGUGGGAAGUGCCAGGAGGGCCUGGAAGGAGGGAGCAGGGGAGCCAGUGAAUCCAACGAGGACGCAAACAGGGUCUCUGGUCCCAGGGCCUGCCUGCCCAGCCACCACACCAAGCUGAAGAAGACGUGGCUCACAAGACACUCUGAGCAGUUUGGGUGCCCUGGCGACUGCCCCGGGGACGAGGAGAGCCCAGCCGCCCCUCUCCGGGCCCACAAACGGGCAAGCAGCCCUGAGGUCCAGGGAGUGGCUGGCAGCCCCGCUGCCAAGCGCCCCGCUGACCCUUUCCCAAGCAGUGCAGGGCAAAGGGCCAGAGGUCGGCAGGAUGUCCCGGACUUGUCAUUGGGGAACAAGGCGGAGGCCCAACAGUGUGAAGACCACAGAGGACCCCGAGAAGGCAGGGCCAACCUCCAGGACUCAGGACAUCAGGAUGCACCCUGCUCCGCACCCCCUGCAGGCGCUGCCCAAUGCCCGAGCUGCGCCCAGGCAGCAGGAGAGGUGGGAGAGCUGGCCAGCCACUUGCGGCAAGUGCCCAGAUGGUCUCAGGGAGGGGAGCAGCAGCAGGAGGAGGAUACGGCAGCGGGCUCCGAGGAGGGAGGAGGAUCUGGCCCAAAGGCCGGGCUCAGCAUAGGCCUUGCCAAGCACCUGCUGAGUGGUUUGGGGGACCGGCUGUGCCGCCUGCUGCGGAGGGAGCGGGAGGCCCUGGCCUGGGCCCAGCGGGAAGCAGGCCAGGGGCCAGCCACGACAGAGGACAGCCCAGGCAUUCCAGGUUGCUGUAGCCGCUGCCACCACGGACUCUUCAACACCCAUUGGAGAUGCCCUCGCUGCAGCCACCGGCUAUGUGCAGCCUGUGGUCGCAUGGCAGGUGCUGGGAGGGCCAGGGAGAAAGCAGGCUCUCCGGAGCAGUGCGCAGAGGAGUGUGCCCCCGAGGCUGGGCACCGUGCUUCUUCCUUGAUGCUCACUCAGUUUGUCUCCAGCCAGGCACUGGCAGAACUGAGCACCGCGAUGCACCAGGUCUGGGUCAAGUUUGACAUCCGGGGGCACUGUCCCUGCCAAGCUGAUGCCCAGAUGUGGGUCCCUGGAGAUGGGAGCCAGCAGAAGGAGCCGACAGAGAAAACCACCCCAGCUCCACAACCUUCCUGCAACGGGGACACCAACAGGACCAAGGACAUCAAAGAGGAGACCCCGGACUCCACAGAGACCUCUGCAGAGGGCCGAACCAGCAGAGGGUCCCUGCCUUGUCCCUCUCUCUGUGAGCUGCUGGCCUCCACUGCUGUCAAACUCUGCCUGGGGCAUGAGCGUAUACACAUGGCUUUUGCCCCUGUCACUCCAGCCCUGCCCAGUGAUGACCGGAUCACCAACAUCCUGGACAGCAUCAUUGCGCAGGUAGUGGAACGGAAGAUCCAGGAGAAAGCCCUGGGGCCUGGCCUGCGGGCGGGGCCGGCCCUGCGAAAGGGUCUGGGCCUGCCCCUCUCGCCAAUUCGUCCCAGGUUGCCUCCACCAGGGGCUUUGCUGUGGCUGCAGGAGCCCAGGCCUCGGUGGCGAGGCUUCCACCUGUUCCAGGAGCACUGGAGGCAGGGCCAGCCUGUGCUGGUGUCAGGGAUCCAGAGGACUUUGCAAGGCAGCCUGUGGGGCACAGAGGCUCUUGAGGUGCUCGGAGGCCAGGUGAAGGUGAUGGCCCACCUUGGGCCCCCUCAGCCCACAAACCUGGGCAGCGCGGCCUUCUGGGAUGGAUUCUCCCGGCCUGAGAUUCGACCCAAGUCAUCCGAGGGCUCGGUCCUCCUGCUGCACAGAGCUCUGCAGGACGAGGACACCAGCAGGCUGGAGAACCUGGCUGCCAGCCUGCCCCUCCCAGAGUACUGUGCCCUACAUGGGAAACUCAACCUGGCUUCCUACCUCCCACCGGGCCCCGCCCUGUGUGCACUGGAGCCCCAGCUGUGUGCAGCCUACGGUGUGAGCCCACACCGUGGGCACCUGGGGACCAAGAACCUCUGUGUGGAGGUGACAGAUCUGGUCAGUGUGCUGGUGCGUGCUGAAGCCCCACUGCCUGCCUGGCAUCGUGCACAGAAAGACUUCCUCUCAGGCCUGGAUGGGGAAGGGCUCUGGUCUCCGGGCAGCCAGGUCAGCAGCGUGUGGCAUGUGUUCCGAGCACAGGACGCCCAGCGCAUCCGCCGUUUUCUCCAGAUGGUGUGUCCGGCUGGGGCAGGCAGCCUGGAGCCUGGCAGCCCAGGCAGCUGCUACUUGGAUGCAGGGCUGCGGCGGCGCCUGCGGGAGGAGUGGGGUGUGAGCUGCUGGACCCUGCUGCAGGCCCCGGGAGAGGCUGUGCUGGUCCCUGCGGGGGCCCCCCACCAGGUGCAGGGCCUGGUAAGCACAGUGAGUGUCACUCAGCACUUCUUGUCCCCGGAGACCUCUGCCCUCUCUGCUCAGCUCUGCCACCAGGGACCCAGCCUGUCCCCUGACUGCCGCCUGCUUUAUGCCCAGAUGGACUGGGCUGUGUUCCAAGCAGUGAAGGUGGCUGUGGGAACAUUGCAGGAGGCUAAAUAAGGGCAUCCCAGGUGUCUGGGGUAGGGGAGGGGGCAGGUAGACCAGGUGCUCAGCUCAGGCACAGCAUAAGGAGAGAAUGACAAUGGGGACUUGGGGACUUUUGGUCAAUUCCACAAGCACCACUCUGGGCACUGGCAGGGCACCCUGUUCCCCGCCCCUGGCCUGGGCCCUAAAGCCAACAACCACAGUGCCACCAAAGCUCCCACCUGCCCUUCUCAGGCUGGCAUCUGCUCUGCCCUUUUGCCCUUCUCCAUGGCACCAGGCCCACGUUGGGGGCGACAGAGUCCCUCCGACCCCUGCUUCUCAGCCCAGGAGACAAACAGCCCUUCCUUGGGGUACUUUGGGAAUCACUCUGGCUUAAGCAACACCUUCUGCUGCCUCAUCCCCUGCUGUCCCACCUGUGCCAAGCUCUUUUACACUACCCACCUCCUCACGCGGCUCUGGGCGCCCACUGCACUGCAGGCCUGCUGGACAAGGGGCCCCCCGCCGAGCGCCUGCCCUCUUGCCCGAGGGAGAGCCGUGAAGUGUGGGGAGGGAGCGCCUCAGGACGAUACCUAGGUUUGGCCAAAGGAAAUGACGGGGGGUGAGGCCCUGUCGCCGCUGCCUCCGCUCACCUGCUCACGUUCCCAUUUUCCAUUAAAGUCUGUUGUUUUGUGAAA